CGAUCACGUUAACGUACCAAUAACACGCUGUAUUUUAUUGUAAUACCGACAUUAAGCGUUUCAAGCGGUAGUAAGCGUAACGUGGUUUUGAACCAUUCUCGGGGAGACGUUUUAUGGAUUUCAAUUUUAUGACCAUGGAUUAAGAGGAGGAUACUUUUUGAAGAAUCUUUUGAAGAAAUUGAAUCUAUAGUAUAUUUUGCAACCAGCCUUCCACAAAAGAUGCAGUUCCUGGCUAUCAUAAUCCUCGUGGGCUGUCUGGCAGUGGCGCCUGUAACCACCAACGGAGCUAGCCAAUGCCCGAUAGGUUGCUACUGCAACAAACAGUUUGUGGACUGCAGUGCCCUUAUGGAGUUUCCGAUAGAUCUUCCCCUAGAUACGGUCCGUUUUCGCACCUCACUUAUGAACAUCCAGUCAGUCCCGCCGAAAGCGUUCUCAUAUCUACCGAAUUUGACGAUAGUGGAAUUCACUCAGUCCAACAUCCACUCGAUCCACAGCUGCGCAUUCACAUCCGCGCCGUCGUUGCAGAAGAUUGUUUUCGAAAAGGCCGUAGUCGGUAAUGUUGAAAGUUACGCCUUCAAUGGACUUUCCAACUUGGAGCAAAUUGAAUUUGCUAACAGUCGUAUAGGAAGACUUAAACCAUUCGGUUUCUAUAACCUCACUAAGAUCACCAGCUUUAACAUCGUCAAUACGAACCUGACAAAUUUCUACUCGCACGCUCUUUGCAAUUUAAGUGACAUCGGCAUAUUUAAUUUCAAGGAAAAUAACGUGAGCGAUAUGGUAACAGGCGCGAUAACGCACGUGCACGACGUGAAUUCCGUCUUUAUAGUGGGCAACAAGUUCUGGAACAUGCAUUGCGGAGUCCUCGACACCUUAAUCUCCAUCGGUGCUACUGCUAAAUCGCUGGCGAUGGAAAGCAACACGUUUUACUGCAACUGUUCAAUAUCUCAUCUUGUAAACCACGUUGGCCAUUCCAAAUACCACGUGUUUCUGCCGAAAAGCAAGUGCCAUGGCCCAGAUGCUAUGGUGAACGCAUCCUCUCUAGCGCACGUGCCAUUCGGGGACCUGAAAUGCGCCGCUACCAUGAAUAUCGAGACGAUUAUCACAUGCCCAGAGGUCCCCUUGAAUCCUGACCCACAGUGUGUUGUGUAUCCCAACAAACCCACCUCUCCGGACGCCGGUGGUGAAAUGAGUCAGGAUGACAAUAACGCCAAAAACGGACGGAGAGGUUCCGGUGUGCGUGCGAACGGGAACGGUGACAAUAUCAUUUUGGCAUUGGCUUUUCUGACAUUGGCAUCCGCUGGGGUGCUUGCAUGAACGUACAAUUAGUGCACAAUUAAAUGUACUAUAUUUGAAACAAUUUUUGUCUGUAAAUUAAUUGUUUCACAUGUGUUCCGAGGACCAAUUAACUUUGACACUGAUAUCUAUUUGCUGAAAUUCUAUAAUUUAUGUUUAUGAAUAACGAGAUAUAUGUGAACUUUCAGAAAUUCUUAUACAUGUACAUAUAUCAUUCGUGAAUUAAAUUGUGUUUCGCGUACUUUUUGUAUUACUUUUCUUAGUCAAAUAUUAAGCGCCUUCUGUUUCGCAAAUGUUCGUUA